GUUUGUUCCUAGAUGGCGUUAGCAGCAGCCUCUUUUUCCUCUUCCCCCUAUAAAACUAAAAUCGAAAUAUCUUCUUUACUGUAACGUUUAAAUAAUAAGAAUAUUUUGUGUAAUUCGAUUCGCCUUUGAAAACUUCAUUAAACCGUAUGGCUUAAAAAUUGUUCUGACAAAUAACCCCCCGACAAGCUUACAGGAAUAGGAAAAGAUCCCGUCUUUAAUUAGAGUACUCCGUGCUAAAGUGGUCGGUAGGCUACUCAGUAGACUCCAGCAAGGCUCUAAGCUUGAGUCCAUGUUUAUGUUGUCACAUAUGCCACCAAAGAGUCGCUUCCCCGUUUGUUUGGUAUUUGUUCGUUGUCGUUUGAAUUCGCUUCUGCAAUUUUGAAUGGCCUAAGGACUUCUAAAGACAGAUACUGCGACGUGUGAAGUGGAAAUCACCGAAUUCGUCAGUUGUUGCUUAAUCGAGGGACACAAAUGGCGUCGUUAAUUUCGCAAGAAGUAUGGAAAACGUGGGAAUCACAUGGACACGUUGAAUUUGUGAAACUGCUGGAAAGCUGGAUUGGCACCGAUAACAAUAGUCAACAUAUUCCUUCAAUUGGGAGUAAAGAUUUGUUUCGUGCUAUAUAUGAGUUCUUGUGGCAAGCCAUCAAAGGUGGAAUAAAAAGAGAACUAGUUUUAUCAACCAUUGGAGAUAUUCUGGUUUUGCAUGGUGAUCUAGCAUCGUUGACACUAGAUGUUCUCAAUGUUAUUGACCAUGAAACGUUGGUUAAUGAGAAUAAUGAUGAACGUCAAAAGUUGUGCAGCAUGCUAAAAGAACUGGAAAACUGGCUAAGUGAUUCAAUGAUUAAGGAACGCUUAGAGAUUGACACAUUACAAGAUUGCAGUUUACUGAAGACAAAGAAGAUAUUUUACUCCCGUUUCAUCAAAGUAAAGACAAAAUUAUUUUACAAGCAGCAGAAGUUUAAUCUUUUACGGGAGGAGAAUGAAGGCUAUGCAAAACUAAUAACUGAACUCAAUCAAGAGAUUGAUGACACCAUCACUCCACUCUACAUUUUACAAGUUGUACAGUCUUUAAUUGGUUGCUUCAACUUGGAUCCGAAUCGGGUGUUAGAUGUGAUUAUGGAAUCAUUUGAAUGUCGGCCGCAGCUUCACAGUCGUCUUUUUGUUCCACUGAUUCGCUCGUACAUGUCAGAUUCGUUGACUUUGUGUGAAGUCUUAGGGUUCAAGUUUACUUCAUUCGACCCGUCUUCUACACCAAACUCUCUUUUCGUCAUCACUGCUCUUUUAUUGCAGCAUGGAGUCAUUCAUCUUGAAGAUAUUUAUCGUUGGCUUACGCCUAAAGAUAGCGAAAUCGACGAAUCCGCCGCUAAAGAAUUAGCAGACGCAAAAGAGUAUGCUCGUCGAAUGAAUAUCAUCGCUGUUCCAAAAGAAGACGACAAAAUUGAAGAAUUGAUUGAAGAAAGGGCACCUUAUAAUCAGAAAUUUGGACUGUGUGAAGCUCUUCUUUCAGUGGGAGCUUGGGAACAAGCGUCUACUCUUCUUAAACGUCACCCAGAGUUUUUCGUCACAUCUUAUCGACCCAUCUCGAGCAGUAUCUGCAAACUGGUCGACUACGUAAUUGAACCGGUGUAUCGCACUCGAUGCUGCAUAUCUCCAAAACUUUCGGGCAAACCAGUUUUAUCUGUCGGUGUAUGGAACUUCCCCAAGACAGCCAAGGAAAUGAAGGAGUUGAGAGAAACUGCUUUCCCCAUGCUACUCUCUUUGGGACCCCAUUUGUAUAACGAUCCUGUCCUCCUGCACAAGUUAAUCCGUUUGUGCAAUACUGCGUUAGAUGAUUGUGGCUUGAACAGUUCAAAGAAAUUUCCGCAAGACCUGGAUUCGCUGUACUUUGACGUUCUUACACUGUUUGAUGUUGUAAUAUUGCCAUCACUCGCCCUCAUGGAAUCGAAUUGCUGUGUAGCAGAAGAAAUCUGGAAUGUUUUGAAGAAAUUGCCUUAUGAGCACCGUUAUCGUCUGUAUGGCCUGUGGAAGAACGACACGUUUCAGAGCCAUUCUUUGCUGAUCCGCCGCAAAGUAGACUGCGUUAAACGCAUCAAGUACAUCAUGAAGCGUGUGAGCAAGGAUAACGUCAAGCCCACGGGUCGAGUGCUUGGCAAGCUUAGUCACAGCUGCCCUGGCUUUCUUUUUGACUACAUUUUGUCCCAAAUUCAAAUCUACGACAACCUGAUUGGCCCUGUUGUGGAUUCACUCAAGUACCUCACAAACCUAUCGUAUGAUGUUCUUGGUUAUUGCGUUUUGGAAGCACUUUCGAACCCAGACAAGGAGCGCACCAACCAUGAUGGAACUACCAUCUCUAUGUGGCUGACGGCUCUUUCCGCCUUUUGUGGAGCCAUUUACAAGAAAUACAACAUAGAUUUGACUGGACUUCUCCAAUACGUUGCCAAUCAACUAAAGGCGCAAAAGAGCCUAGAUCUUCUUAUUCUUCAGGAAAUGGUGCAUAAAAUGGGGGGCAUCGAAGCGUCCGAGGAAAUGACAAAGGAACACAUGGAAGCAAUGCAAGGCGGUGAACUGUUAAGAGCUGAAGCUGCUCAUUUUGGACAGGUUCGGGUUACCAAGAAAGCUGCCCAGCGUUUAAAGGAAACAUUGCUCGAAUCCAAUUUGGCCAUUCCCCUCUGUCUUCUUAUCGCACAGCAGCGCAAUUGCGUUGUUUAUCGAGAAACAGAGAAUAAUCAUCUAAAGUUGGUUGGUAAACUAUACGACCAAUGUCAAGAUACGCUCGUUCAGCUUGGAACAUUCUUGGCUUUGAAUAUGAGUGUCGACGACUAUGUUAGACGCCUUCCACAAUUAGGAUCAUUGCUCUCCGACUACCACAUCCAUGCUGAUGUCGCAUUUUUUCUGGCGCGACCAAUGUUUGCUCAUUCGAUCAAUUCCAAAUACGAUGAAUUGCGGCGUGCUGAAAAGAAUUCAAAGAAUUUACUUCCGGCCCAGAAGACUCAAAAGUAUUUAGAGGCUGUACGAUUGGUCAUGACUCCCAUUUGUGAAUCGGUUCGUCCUUUGUGCGCGGCCAGAGUUUGGGAAGAUCUAUCUCCUCAAUUUUUUGCCACUUUUUGGUCGCUGACGGUCUACGAUUUGUCAGUACCAAAUGCUGCGUACGAACGUGAAGUGCAACGCCUGAAGGUAGCCAUUCAACAGACAAAUGAAAAUCGUGAUCUGCCAGCCAGUAAACGGAAGAAAGAGUUGGAUCGCUGUACGGCUUUGAUGGACAAACUUCUGGAAGAAGAAAAGAAACAGAAAGAUCACAAUGAACGUAUCAUGGCGAGAUUAACACAAGAAAAAGACAGCUGGUUUCUCUGUCGAUCGGCUAAAUUAGCAAAAACGGAGACGAUCACCCAGUUUCUUCAACUCUGCCUUUUUCCUCGAUGCGUUUUCACCGCGACAGAUGCCUUAUUUUGCGCUCGCUUUGUACAGCUUAUGCACAAUUUGAAAACACCAAACUUUUCAACGCUGAUUUGCUACGAUCGCAUCUUUUGUGAUAUAACAUACACUGUGACUUCUUGUACGGAAAACGAGGCAAAUCGUUAUGGUCGCUUUUUGUGUGCCAUGCUUGAAACUGUAAUGCAUUGGCACUCAAGCAAGAAAAUAUUUGACGAAGAGUGUGCCAAUUAUCCUGGAUUCGUUACCAAAUUUCGCGUCGGCAACCAGCCUUCGGAAAACAACGAUCACGUUGACUUUGAAAACUAUCGUCAUGUUGUUCACAAGUGGCACCACAAGAUUGCCAAAGCGCUAGUUGUAUGUCUUGAAUCAAAAGACUAUGUCCAGAUUCGAAAUGCACUGAUCGUCCUAAUACGCAUCUUGCCAUUCUUCCCCGUUAUCACGCCUCUUGUCGGGGUGAUUGAUCGAAAUGUCGAAGUAGUACGCAGUGAGCAACGAGACAAGCGACAGGAUUUAUCAGCGAUGGCUAUUUCAUAUAGUGGUCAAUUAAAGAACAAAAAAACGUCAAUUCCAGAAUAUGAAUUCCAUCUGGUGACGAGGAAACCUGUAACUAAAACAACUCCUCAAAGUACCAAUCCACUUUCUGUGGCAGCAAAUCCUGGUGCUCAACCUGAGAAUGGAAUUGUUAAGCAUGAAGGAGUAAAUGGGGUGGAAAAAGCUUCAACAAAUUUGCAUGAUACUCCUACCUCUACUCCAAGCGAAUCUCAGUCGAGCACUCCAGUCGCUGCUGGCCUCAAGGAGAUUAAAAAAGAAAAAGAAAUAAGGGAGACAAAGGAUAAAGUAAAGGAAGAGAGAAUAAAAGGAGAGAAAGAUCGGCACAAAGAAUCGAUUGAAAAACGAGAAGAAAUUCCUGACCGUACGAGAGAGAAGAGGAUAAAAGAACGGAAAGAAGAUAGAGAAGAUAGGCCUCAUUCGGGCAAGCUUGACCGUGAGGAUGAAUGGAUGGAGCGUGACAGAGAAGAUCGCAAGGAACGACGUAAUAUCCAAGAAACCGAGGAGGAACGUCGUGAAAGGAAAGGCGAGCGUAAAAGGGUAGACAAAGAUCGGGUGCUGGAGGAUGUUUUGAUGGAUGUCAAACGUCGAAAGGAGGACGAACGAGAAAAAGUAAGAUCCCCAAGGCAUGGAAACGGAAGUCCCUCUGAUGGAAACGCUGAUAGACGAGGACACAACAGAGAAUCACCUCUUUCACGAGAAGCAUCGGAUCGUUCAUUUGACCGCGCAGAUAGAACAGAACGAGCCCGACGCUCCACGGACAGCAAACGGAGAUGAAAAACGAGAGUUUAAAAGGAAUUGAUGCGUCUGCUCAUUUUUCUCAUUGAAAUUUAUUUUUAGUGAAAGAAAUUUUUCCAGUCAUAUUCACUCCUUAUGGUUUACUUCAGGCCUAGACAAUAAAAUUAAUUUCAUCGUA